AUGUUCGCACAUCUUCCCACAGCACUAGUUCUCCUCCUCUUGACCCCCUCUACUUUCGCCUCCACACUUUCAUUCCAUCUACCGCGAGCAGACCAAGCAGCCGCAGACUACACGAAAGAUGAUCUGUUCAAAAACACGAUUCUAAACGUCACAAACACCUACCGCAAACAGCACAACGCAACGAGUCUGAAGUGGAACGACACGCUUGCCGACUAUGCGAAGGAUUGGAGCGAGAAAUGCAAUUUCGAGCACUCUGGUGGGCCGAAUGGGGAGAAUCUGAGUUCAGGGUAUGCGAAUGCGAGUCAGAGUAUCAUCGUGUGGGGACACGAGCGGGUGGACUAUGAUUUCAAGAAGGGCGAGUUUACGCAUGAAACAGGUCACUUCUCCCAGCUCGUAUGGAAGGCUACGAAGACGGUUGGCUGCGGCCGUACCGAGUGCGACGGCCAGGAUAAUGGGAGGGCUCCGGGAUGGUUCGUCGUCUGCGAAUACUACCCUCCCGGCAACGUCAUCGGCAGCUUCAUCGAGAACGUGCAAGCGCAGGUUCCGGAGGAUGAACAGCCCGAGGGCCCGAGCGAUCCUGAUGUGCCCGAGGAAGAACCGGAUGCGAAGGAGUGUCCGCAAGGUGGGGAUUGUAGUGGUGCAGCAUCGAUGAGUAUGAGCAGAUGGGCUUGGAGUGCGGGUGUUGUUGUCUGGGUGGUGAUGGGGAUUUUGUAG